AUGGGCGCGGCCAAUAGCGUGUGCAAGCUAACGGUCGAUAGCAUUGCGUUGCUGGAACAACUCGAGCCCAAUAAAGCUGAACUGGCAGCUAAAUACGCCGUACAAUGUCAUGUACAGCAGUUACUGAAGCAAGAGUGGCCAACGUGUCGUGUGCUACCAUUUGGAUCAUCCGAGAGCGGUCUUGGAUUUGGAGGAUGCGAUGUUGACCUUGGUAUAUACUUUGAAGACAUGGAUAUAGACGUACAGGGACAAUUUUCACCACUAGAACGUGUGGAUCUACUGACCACCGCGUGUGAACGACUCUCGAGGUGUUUUCAAGUACAGGAGUUUAUCCGCGAUGCGCGCGUGCCAGUACUUAAGCUUUGGGACUCCAAGCGGCAGGUGGCAUGUGACGUGUGUGUGGGAGGUGUAAAUGCUCUACUAAACACGGCGCUGCUCAAGUAUUAUGGCCAGAUCGAUCCUCGAGUACGUCCUUUAGUGUUUGCUGUCAAGUACUGGGCCAAGCAACGAGGUAUCAAUGACUCGGUCAAUGGCACGCUAAGCUCGUUAUACAUUGUUGCUGAUCUUCUACUUGCAGUCACAUUACGCAGAAAUGCAGCUACCAGCGGUGCACUCUGGUUUCCACGACUUGCAGACGCAGAAAAAGUCUCGGUGUUGCUAGAGCGUCUACAGUCGUUCCCGAUGAUGGAAUUUCCGUCUACAUUCGGGACGUCAGCAAUGAACUCGGUUGGCGCACUACUUGCUGGCUUUUUCGACUUUUAUGCGCAUCGUUUCAGCCUGGAAGACGAGGUGGUAAGCGUCCGCAUGGGAAGCGCACUGUCGAAGACGACCAAAUGGAGUCAUCCAGUGUCCUGGCGACUGAGUAUUGAGGAUCCAUUUGAGUUAGCUCACGAUGUGGGCCGCGUCGUUUUCCACAGAAAGGGCCAGGAUCUGAUUCGAUCCGAGUUCAAACGUGCGAGCGAUCUGUUGAGUCAAGACCAUCGUCUCGAGGACAUUUGCUUGCCUGAUGCAACCUCGUGGAAUAUCCAGGCAACAUGCUACAUUUGCCGCGGCAGAGACCACGUCACUCGGGAUUGUGGGCAGAUAUUGCACCAGCGUCUACCACCUGGUCGGGAGUGUAAGACGAUGUCACAUUUUUCGGACUGCUGGUAUUGCGGCGAGUACGGUCACUACAAGGCAGAGUGUCCAAUGCUCUUUUUCCGUGAUAUACCUCGUCGAUUUAGUGUACCAGAACCGAAGUCUGAGCCAGAAAACGCCACUGCAAUUGCAACAUGUGCGCCAGCUUCCCCGCCCAUUGCACUUUCCACGCCUUCUGCUUCAAAGACAGUAUUGCUUCGCGUCUGCAAGGAACGCGGUAUGAGUACAAUCAACUCACCGAUGUUUCGUCUGUCGAGAAAGAAGAAACGUACGCAUCACAGCUCCAUGUCGUCAAGGCCUUCAUCUUUGCCGUCAUCGUCGUGGACUUGGUCGUCAAAUAACGGUCUAUCGCAUGCAGAAAAGCGUCAACAGCAACAACGUUAUCAGCAGCAACGGCAAGAACAGCGUCAUCAAAACUUUGCACUUCUUGAUCUGACACGGAAGUGUGGUGGCAAUAAUACUCGUAGUACCAUGUCACAGGUUGGUAAGGUACUGUGUCGAUCCUAG